CGGCGGUGAGACCCAAGAGGUUGGGUCGGGGGUUGGACUCGAUGAUGUUGAAGGCUCUCUCUUCUGACCUUCGUGAUUCUGUGCCGUGCUGUGUUGCCAUUGCAUUCCUAGGGGGAUUUGUCCCCCAAAAUGGCAUCGCUGGGGCACGGCGCUGUGCUGGGCUGAAGGAGUCAGUGAGGGAGGGAUGCUUGGAUGGCCCCGCAGCUCCCAAUGGCAACAUUGGCUCUGGGAGCAAAGAGCAAGAGACUGAAACGGAGCGUUGGGAGUGAGGUUGGAAGCAGGAAGCCUUGGCCGUGCUCUGCUCCUCUCAAUCCCUGUGGCCAACAGCGACAGGAUUCCAUGCAUGGCCCUGGGAUGCAGAGGGCUGCUCCAUCAGAAGAGCCCCACUUGUACAGGUGCGAAGGGCAGAGGAGCUGCCCAUGCUUGGAGAUGUUCUCCUCUCAUCCUUUCGAGCUCUGUGUUCACCCGUGUGACCUUUGGGUGUUUCGGUGGAGGAGGGAGCAGGGCUGCUUUGCACGCACCCACACUGUGAUUCUAUGCACAGGGAGAAUGGGGGGCUUUUUUUGUCCUGCAAAUGCAGAUUUGUUUUGUGUUCUGCUCAGACGAAUACUGCUGUGGUUAAUAUGGAGCUCUGGGUGUUGCAGAAAGGAAUCCUGGUGGCUCUGGUCUUGGCUGGGUUGGAUGCGAGAGCUUUGGAGUUUGGUUCCUGCUUGGGGACUGAAGUCAAAUGUUGUGAGAGGUUGUGUGCAUCCUUCUGUGGCUCUGCUCCCAGCCUGGAACCCUGCACCAGAAAUGGGGCACUGCAGGGUGCCCUGCACCAGCAGAUGGGUGCUGCAGGGCGCCCUGCACCAGGAGAUGGGUGUUGCAAGGUGCCAUGCUGUGCACCAGGGUCACGUUCUGCCCUUGACAUGCUGGGAUUUCUCCAAUGUGGGAGCCCUGUGCCAUGUGCACCCUGUGGGUCCCUGGGGCUUUCUGGCUCCCCCUGGGACCUGCUGACAGGUCAUGGCCCAUUAGGCAGUGUUUGCACAGAGCUGUUUGUCUGCCAUCUUAUUUUGGUUUUGAUUGUUUUGGUAAUUUUGCGUCACCUUGGGUUGGGAAGGGGUGCAGGAUGGGAGCUGGUUUGUCAUGCGUACAGGUGGGAUUUGCUUCAUUCCUGUGCAGUAGCAGCUUUUGGUGCUUUAGGUUCAUUCCAGCACCUUCCAGCUCAACCCCACCAACCCAGGAGGUCCUUGGGACCAGAGCUGGGAGCACCCAUGGGCAUCCCUGGAAGCAGGGAGCAGCAGCCAUGUGCAUUCCCACCCCGAAUCCCAUUGGGAUGGGAUCCCACCCGCAACCCCGAUGCAGGCAGAGCCACACUGGGAGCACAGCAAAUCCCAGGGGUUGGGAGGACCCCAUCACCCUCCUGGCUGCCUGAUGAGUCCUGGGUGCUGCUUCGGGUGCUGCUUGUGUUUUACUUUUCUCCUCUAUAGGUCCCCAUCGUGGCUCAUCUGCAUUUUCAACCUCCUUCUCCCAACCGUUCUCACACUGAAGUCUGUAACGCUGAAAUUAUAGCAUCGCCGUCGUUUCCGUGGCAACUUGCAGGGAUGUAUUUAAAAAAAAAAAAGGCCCAGAAGCCUUCUGAGGAUUAUGACUUCACUGAGGGAUCAGGCUGGAGGGGAAUCUGGGUCAGGCUGCUCUUCCCAUCCCCUGUCAUUUCCAUGGUCACGCCAGGGCAGAGGCACCCAUGGGUGCCCCCCCCUCGUUGCCCUCCCAGCACCUUGAGGUGCUGUGACCCGGGGGCAUGAGGUCAGCUGCCCUCCCUCAAGCAGGAGCAGAGCAGCUGGGGGUCAACGGGGCUGCAGUCGCCCCUAAACCCCCCCAGUUUUCCAGCAGCAAAAGUCCCAUUGCAAAGCAUGCGUUGGCUUGCAGGAACCCAGAGCUGUGCUCCCUGCCCCCCCCCCGCAUCCCAGCCCCCCGGUGCUUUGUGCAUUGCAAGUUUUCUCUCUCAUCCCCCAAAAUAAACAGGAGUGUGGUGGGGUUUUGGGGGUUGUUUUUUUUUUUUUCUUUCUUUCCUUUUUUUUCUUUCUUUUUUUUUUUUUUUUUUCCUCCCUUUUUCCACACCCCCAGAGCCGCUGUUGCUGGUGGCACAAAGCCCAGACUCCGUAGGAACUCAGAAAUGCUGCAGCUCCAAGCCCUGGCUGCCCUCUUGGUUUCGCAAUCUUGGGGAAGGGGGGGUGGGGGAAUAAGAUGGGAGGGGAUGUAUUAUUUUGACAUAUAUACACAUACAU